UUUACUCUGUCCUAGUGCUGCUCCUCUCACUCUGCCUUAUAAUCGUUGACGUCGCCACUCGUCGAUCUCACUUUGCUGCUUUAAUUUGUCACCUUUUAACCUCUUCCUUGCCCUCAAUCGCUUUUCUUCAGUCAAAACUCUGGCUAACAUGGCUACUUGUCCAAGCAUGAUUGUACCAGAAGUUCUUAGAAAAGAAAAUUAUGAAAGGUGGAGCAUUUUAAUGGAACAUUAUUUAGUAGCUCAAAAUCUUUGGGACGUUGUUAAAGUAAAUGAGAUGCCUGGCCAGGGAGAGUGGAUUCAAAAGAAUGCUUUAGCUCUGCAUUCAAUUAAGAUUUCAUGCGGAACAGAAAUGUUCUAUCGGAUUAAGAAGAUGAAUUCAGCCAAAGCUGCUUGGGAUGCUUUAGCCGAAAUGUGUGGAACCCCUGUCUAUCGCGACAUUGUUGAGCUCCAUGAAGUUUUCUCUAUGGACGUUCACGAGUUGCAAGUGGAAACGCUAACAGGGCAACAAAAGGCCUUGCAUAAUUGGAUUCGCAAGGGGAAUAUUGCCAAAGUAAAGCAGUUCUUACGCGACAAUCCGGAUUCAAGAUUUGAAAGUAUAUUAGUCUCUGCCAUCCACGCUGCAAUUACUGCUGACAAGAAAGACAUUGCACGCUAUCUCUACAAGGAGACUCCUCUGCAAUGUCUACAUGGAGAUCCUGGCUUCCUCCUCCUCCAAGAGUGUAUAAAAAAGAAAAUGUUUGGUAUGACCUUUAACAAUCUUUUUCUUUUUUCUGUUAAUGUUUCACUUUUAUCUCACAGACUUUGAUAUCAGAUAUUGCAUUCGAUCUACUCCGCCUUAUUCCAGA